UGGGGUCCUCGAAGUCAGGCAUAACUCACCAUGAUUCCAUAACACCCGGACUGAUCCAUCCCUUCUCUCCCGCAGGAACUGCCUCCACCGCCGGUUCCGGACUUGGCCCAAACCCUAGAACGGUACUUGGCCGGACUCCGGGCUGUCAUCCCCGCCGCACAAUAUGAGAGAACCCGGCAGUUGGUCGAGCAAUUUUGCAAUGAUCCAGGAUCAAAGCUACAAGCCGAAUUAAUUAAAUUUGCUGAGAAUGUAGACAACUGGGUGACGCACUUCUGGCUGGAUGAUAUGUACCUCAAGAACCCAAUCCCACUUCCGGUCAACUCCAACCCCUUCUUUCUCUUCCCCAAGCAGAACUUCCACUCAUCUUCCGACCAAUUCAGGUUCGCCGCAAAAUUCAUAUUAUAUGCACUGGAUUAUAAAAAGAAAAUAGACAGUAAAUCCUUAUCAAAAGAUGUCAUCAAAGUUAGAGGAGGUGGCAAGGAAAUUCCCUUGUGUAUGAAGACUUAUGCAAAUUUCUUCUCGAGCUACAGGAGACCAGGAGAAAACAAAGAUGAACUUUACAUGUCAGAGCAUCAAGGACCUGAUGACCCGUGGCACAUAAUCGUUGCUUGUAAAAAUCAGUUCUUUACACUGCAAGUAAAAGCAGCAAAUUCAGAUGAGAUACCAUCCGAAGAUACUCUUGCGGAACAAUUGCGUCUAGUGAGUCAAAUGGCAAAAGACAAAGAAAACAUUCAACCGCCUGUUGGCUUACUGACCACUGAAGACCGACAAACUUGGGCCAGAAUAAGAAAUAAAAUGAUGAAAAGUAAGGCUAACUUACAGAGCUUGCAGGCAAUCGAAAAUUGUCUUCUCGUUUUGUGCCUGGGAGUUUGCUCUCCCAAUGUUCCAAACUAUUCUACAAUUCGAAAAGAAUCCGCUACUCUGGACUUAACCACUAUGGCGGCUCAUUUACUUCACGGAAGCGGAACUGAUGUUGGUACGGCAAAUCGUUGGUACGAUAAAUUUCUCCAGCUUGUUGUGACCAGAGAUGGGGUUGUGGGCUUCGUAGGAGAGCACUCUGCCUCAGAAGGUAUCACCAUUGUUCGUUUCAUAGAAGGCUUUCUCGAUAUCUUGUCAUCACUUGAAAGUCAAACAAAUGGUUCUCAGCAACCUUCUUCAACACAAUCUUCGUUUCGACUACCCACACCUCUAAAUUGGGAAAUCGAUGAUGAGGUCUCCCUCUGUAUACAGGAAGCGAGUAAAAAAGUCAACAAGUUAUGCAGUGAUGUUGAUCUAUUUUGUCUUCGAUUUUCUAAGUACGGAAGGGAAUUCAUCAAAUCUCACAAGAUCAGUCCUGAUGCUUUCAUUCAAAUAGCUCUUCAGCUUACGUUCUAUAAGGUCCACCGAAAACUUGUUUCUACUUACGAAAGUGCAUCACUCCGAAGGUUUAGAGAUGGACGAGUAGAUUCUAUUAGAUCAGUAACAGCCGAAGCUCUGGAGUGGGUCAAAGUCAUGUGUGAUGCUCCACAAGUAACGGAUGAAGUUAAAGUAGAGCUGUUUAAAGCCUGUAUAAAAAAACAAGUCGAAAUAAUGUCCUAUACAGUGAAUGGAGAAGGACCAGAUAACCAUUUGUUAGCCCUCAGAGAAUUAGCAAAAUCAAAAGAUUAUCCUGACAUUCCCCUCUUUCAAGACAAAUCUUAUUGGGAGUAUUUAAAUUUCAGAUUAAGCACGAGUCAGAUAUCAGUCAGUUCCGAUAAAUACAAUAUACUUGUUGGGUAUGGCCCCGUUGUUCCAGAUGGUUACGGCUGCUGCUACCUUCCAUUUUCGAAUCGCAUUGACUUUUGUAUUUCCUCCUUCUUCAGUUCAAAAGAAACCAGUUCGGACUUUUUUGCCCACAGUUUGGAAGGAAGUCUUCUACACAUGGAGGAAUUGUGUCUCAAGAUUGCACAAAUGGAGCAACAAUCGCACAACUGAAAAUCUGCAUUAGUUCUGAUAAAUAGUUCUAAUACGAGUUAAAAUAUGCAAAUAUGUAUUGUCAGUUACAUUUUUAUAGUUAUUAGGCUGUUUAUUAGUUCAGUGUUUGGUAGAAAAAGUCAAUUAUUUAAGUUUUUAAUUCUUAGUCAGGAUUCACACUUAGGGAAGAAGCGGUAAGCGAGACGAUAACGGAAGGUGGUCUCGAUUAUAAAGGCGUGCGCAUUGAUGAUGUGCGCAUGCUAAUGCAAACGUAUAGGAAUCCGCCUUCUAUAUUCUUCUCGCUUCCUUCUAGCUCCGUGAGUGUGCAAUUUAAUACUUUUUACUGACUACACGCUAAUAACAUUUCUGUAAAAACUCAUCUCUAUACUCAUAUUAAUAAGUCCAAUGACUAGAAAAUACACAUAUAUUAAAAAAAAUCAAUCAAAAUGUUUUUUUUUACUUAAUUUCCUUUUUUUUUUUUAAACGUUUAAGCAAGUAUUUUGACUAGCCCAUUUUCGCAGCUUGCAUUUAAGAAGCCUUGUAAGAGGUUUUGGUUCUUUGAUACUCUUAGUGAAAAAAAAAUCGAGAUUUAAAAGAAAAUAAAUGAAUAAUUGUGAAGUGAACAUGCAAUUUAGUUGAGUAUGAAUUGAUAUUUUGAAAUUGAUAAAUUAUUGGAAUGUCUAAUAAUAAAAUACUAUUAAUAAUUU